UCUCAAUUAUUUAUCAUCAGAGAGGGAGGAAAAAAAGACGCCCCUCAGUAAACAGUCGAGAGAAAGAAAAGUGUUUUUGCGAUUGAAGUAACAAUGGUGACGAUCAAAGCCGUUAAAGCUCGCCAGAUCUUCGACAGCCGUGGAAAUCCAACCGUCGAAGUUGAUGUCAUUUGUGAUGAUGGAACUUUUGCUAGGGCUGCUGUUCCCAGUGGUGCUUCCACAGGUGUUUACGAAGCUUUGGAAUUGAGAGAUGGGGGUUCAGAUUAUCUCGGAAAAGGCGUCCUCAAGGCUGUGAAUAAUGUGAAUUCAAUCAUCGGACCUGCAUUGAUUGGCAAGGACCCAACAGAACAGACCAAAAUUGACAACUUCAUGGUGCAAGAACUCGAUGGGACAGUUAAUGAAUGGGGCUGGUGCAAACAAAAGCUUGGCGCAAAUGCUAUAUUGGCAGUUUCACUUGCUGUAUGUAAAGCAGGAGCUAUGGUGAAUAAGAUUCCCCUUUACAAGCACAUUGCGAAUCUUGCUGGUAACAAAACUUUGGUGCUACCUGUACCUGCAUUCAAUGUCAUCAAUGGGGGUUCACAUGCUGGCAACAAAUUGGCAAUGCAGGAGUUUAUGAUUCUUCCUGUUGGGGCUUCUUCUUUCACAGAAGCCAUGAAGAUGGGUGUAGAAGUAUAUCAUCACUUGAAGGCUGUAAUUAAGAAAAAAUAUGGUCAAGAUGCCACUAAUGUUGGUGAUGAAGGUGGCUUUGCUCCUAAUAUUCAGGAAAACAAAGAGGGCCUAGAACUGCUGAAGACAGCUAUCGCAAAAGCUGGAUAUACUGGAAAAGUUGUAAUUGGAAUGGAUGUUGCUGCCUCGGAAUUCUAUGAUGGCAAAGAUAAGACUUAUGAUUUGAACUUCAAGGAAGAGAACAAUGAUGGAUCACAAAAGAUAUCAGGAGAUAGUUUGAAGAAUGUCUACAAGUCAUUUGUUGCUGAAUACCCAAUUGUAUCUAUAGAGGACCCAUUUGAUCAGGAUGACUGGGAACACUAUGCGAAGUUGACCAGUGAAAUUGGAGAGCAAGUGCAAAUUGUUGGUGACGAUCUACUUGUCACAAACCCUAAGCGUGUAGAGAAAGCAAUCAAGGAGAAGGACUGUAAUGCCCUCCUUCUGAAGGUGAAUCAAAUUGGUUCUGUUACUGAAAGCAUUGAAGCUGUGAAAAUGUCUAAACGUGCUGGUUGGGGUAUAAUGGCAAGCCAUCGAAGUGGUGAAACUGAAGAUACUUUUAUUGCAGAUCUUUCAGUUGGUUUGGCUACAGGCCAGAUCAAGACUGGAGCUCCUUGCAGAUCUGAACGCCUUGCUAAAUAUAAUCAGCUUCUAAGGAUCGAAGAAGAAUUGGGAUCUGCAGCAAUCUAUGCAGGAGAAAAAUUCCGAGCACCAGUGGAGCCGUACUAAACCAUCCGACUCUUUUGAGGCACAAUGGAAUAUACUUAAAUAAGCUUCAUGUUCUGGCUUUACCCACCAUCCCUUUUUCUCGUCUCAUCUUGGUUGAACAAUUCUUGCAGUGUUUGAGAAGCAAUCUAGUUUUAAAGAAUAUGAUUGUGGUGACUUCAGUGUAGAAAUCUUAAAAACCUUUUUGGUGGAAUUUAGAGUGAUGAGAGGACCUCCUUGGUUUGAGUGUGUUAUUUUGAGUUCUACUCGAUAUAAAGCUUUGUUUUGUGGUGGAGAUGUCAUCUUGAUCUUGAACUGCAUUAUUUUUAACUGAGCUCGGGUUUUAUGAUAUGUUAGCAUGCUGGCUGCGAUGAA